AUGCUGUGGAUCCUGUGCCUGGCCCUCUGCAGCCUGCUGGCAGGCACGCGCGCGGACCCCAGGGCACUGCUGCGGCUGGGCAUGGACGUCAUGAACCAGGUCCAGAGCGCCAUGGACGAGAGUCACAUCCUGGAGAAGAUGGCAGCUGAGGCGGGCAAGAAGCGGCCGGGGAUGAAGCCCAUCAAGGGCCUCACUGAUGUGAAGGUGAAGGACAUCCAGCUGCCGGUCAUCACACUGAGCUUCGUCCCUGGGGUGGGCAUCUUCCAGUGUGUGUCCACGGGUAUGACCAUCACGGGCAAGAGCUUCAUGGGUGGGAACAUGGAGAUCAUCGUGGUCCUGAACAUCACAGCCACCAACCGGCUUCUGCAGGAUGAGGAGACAGGCCUCCCCAUGUUCAAGAGCGAGGGCUGUGAGGUUGUCCUGGUCAGCGUGAAGACCAACCUGCCCAGCAACAUGCUGCCCAAGGUGGUCAAUAAGUUCCUGGACAGCACCCUACACAAAGUCCUCCCCAGCAUGAUGUGUCCAGCCAUCGAUGCAGUUCUGGUGUUUGUGAAUAAGAAGUGGGCCAACCUGAACACCCCCAUGCCCGUGGGCCGGGCGGGCACUGUCAAAUAUGUCCUGACGUCCACACCGACCACCACGGCCAGCUACAUCCAAGUGGACUUCAGUCCCGUGGUGCAGCAGCAAGAGGGUGCCCCCAUCGAGCUCCCUGAGGCUGGGGCGGCCCUCGAGGUCCCUGAGGGCUACGCUGAAGGCUCCUCCCAGCUGGUGCUCUCAGCCGCCUUCCUCACAGCUGAGCUUGCCCUCCUGCAGAAGUCCUUUGAUGUAACCCUGAAGGACAAGAUGAUUGGUGAGCUGCCCCCACAAACUACCAAGACACUGGCUGGCUUCAUCCCUGAAGUGGCUGAGGCCUAUCCCAAGCCGAAGCCCUUGGUGACCAAGAUCAAGAUAAACAAGCCCCCCAAGGUCACCGUGGAGCCAGGCAAGAGCCUGCUGCGCCUCCAUGGCACCCUGGAGAUGCUUGCUUCUCGGCGGCGGGGCAGGGCUCCUGUGUCCCUGUUUCUCCUGGAAGUCCACUUCAACUUGAAAAUCCAGUACUCAGUGAGUGGGGACAGGCUGCAGAUGACCACCUCUCUGGACAGUUUACUGAGCCUGUCCCGCAAGUCCUCAUCAAUUGGCACCUUCAACGAGAAGGAACUGACUGGCUUUAUCACCGAUUAUCUCCAAGAGGCCUACAUCCCAGUUGUGAACAAUGUGCUCCAAGUGGGGCUCCCGCUCCCGGACUUCCUGGGCAUGAAUUACAACCUGGCUGAGCUGGACAUGGUGGAGAAUGCCCUGGUGCUGAACUUGAUGCUGGACUGACCUUGGCCGGGCCUGCCUGCCAGCCCCCUGCACGACACCAACCCACUGCACCCCGUGGAGGGGAGGAGCCGUGUGGGCCUGGCCCCCGACCACCUGUGGCGGCUUGCUUUGCUGAGGAGAGGGCAGGCCAGGCCUGGGUGGGGGUCUUGGCAAUAAA